CAGGUGUGUUUUGUUACUCAUCGCAAUUAUAAUUUCAUAAUUUUCACACCAGACGUCGCUUAUGUAGUUUUCGUGUCGCAGAUGUAGUGUUGGAACUUGUCUCCAUAGAGGACCUGAACACCUUCAUCUCCAACCCCAAUGAGCAGGUAUUUUAAGCUUCAGAGAUUGGUUGUGAUGAGGUGGCUGAUGCAGUUCGCUGGGUUUAGGGAAAGUUUGGCUGAUGAUCUCUACUUGGCUAAACUCGCCAUGGAAUGUGGUGUUGGUGUCUUCACUAAGGUGUCUGCCUUUUCUUUCUUAUCCACUUCAUUAGAAAGUUUGGCACUUUUUGGCAAUUUCUUAGCGUUUCUAGAGAAGUUCAUCGAGAAAGUGUUUGAAUGGUUCAUGCCAAUGUAAUCAGUUAGAAUUGUUGCCUUAUUUUAGCCAAUAUGUUUUUUUUUUUGUGUGUUUACAGACUGCUGCUGAGUAUGAAAGACGUAGAGAAAACUUCGAAGUUGUCUUUGCCGAUGUGGUAAUCAUUCUUCUAUGUCUUUGUGUUCAUGUCAGAUCACAGGAAUGGUCUGAAACGUACUACAGUAUUAGGAGUUUUGAAAUUGUUAGAGGGUAGGGAAGGAUGUGAAAAAAAAAAUCUUUUUAGAUGACCCGCCCAUUCAGAUAGACGAAAGGUUGGGUAGUUUGUGGUUGUGACUUGUGUGUGAUGGGGUCUUCAAUUUUCCACCAUUAUAUUUUUGCAUGAAUAAUCUAUGGCCAAGUAGUUGGUUGUUUUUUUAAAUUAUUGAAGUUUUGCUUCAAACGUUAUAUUCUAUAGAUCGAGAAGUCACUGAAUUUUUUGUUAUUUUCUCUUAUUGUAAUAGAUAACUGUGUUUAUAACGUCUGUUUUUUUUAAAAGUAUGCAGUCCACGCUGAUCCAGGGAUCAAUUAGCGUCCACCAGUCCUCCUCAGAGAGAGAGAGAGAGGUAUUUAUUAGCUGAGUUCAUUUGAUGGGACAAAGAGCAAUCAGUACUUCAAGCUGACUACUGCACCCGUCUCAAUUGAUUCAUUCAACAUUUUAUAUAACCAUUAAUCCUAUGCCGAUGGAGGUUUUCCUGUUCCGGAGCUUUGAUGAAAUGAUCUUACUCGCUAACGCAAACAUCCUCUACCAGAUAUUGUUGGGGAAGUUAUGGGCAUCAAAACCACCCACAACGAAGACAAUUCAGUGGUUUAUGGCAAAUACACAUUCUGAAUCAUUACUCAAUUUAAAGAGUUUAUUUUACACUGUGGCGAACUGGCUAUUAUGUUUUCCUGUGACCAGCAGAAGACUUGAUAGUCAUGGGAUGGUUGAAGAAAACAGGGGCGAGGCAGCUCUACCAAGUGCUCGACCUGUUCUUGAAAUGACUGCAGAGUGCGGAGGAGCCAACAGUUCUGAACAUAGACUCUUUGUAAAGAAGACAUGCAUUGAGUAAAUCUCAAGUAAGGGAGUCUAUGAUCCUCAUGUCUACUCGAGUCUAUGACCCUCAUGUCGACUUCCACAACCACUCUAGAGCUUUUUUAAAUUUCGCAUAUUAAUGAAAUAUGUCUACAACUUAUUCCCAACUCAUGUUAGGGUCUUGUGUCUUUUUCUUUUUCAAAAUUUUAUAUGUCUCAUCAAGUAAGCUCUGUUUUUACACGUAUAUAAAUAACAACUACCUUGCAACCUCAA